AUGAAUAAUUUUGAAGAAAUAGUUCGAACAAAUGGCCCGAAACAGUAUUCUGCAAACCCCGGCUUUGGUGUAUCUGCAAUGAUAAAACAUAAUCUAGAAUAUUCCAACCCACGAUCUUACAGUGAAAUUUCCGGAACUGAGCACUGUGAAGCAGUAUCUUUUGAAAACUCGAGCGGCAGCGAGCCUAGGUCGCGUAGUGCGACCCCUGAUUCGCUGGACUCGCUGCCCAGCGGUGGGUCUGGGAGCCCACCCACCGAAUGGGCCGAUGCUGCCACACCACCGGACUUUGUCGAUAGGUUCGGGGGAAACGCGCACGCGCCGCUCGGCCGCACGCCGUCCGCACCGUCGUCGGCGCCGCGCCGCGCGCGCCUCUCGCCGCCCACACACUCGCCGCCACGAGUGCACCUCUUCAAGCCCAACGACCUGCACUGGGCCGACAUCGCCUCCAACACCGAGGGCAUAGAGCUUCUGGGUUACCAAAGAUAUGGAACAGUUCAGGGACCAAGAAUAGGAAAGGAACGCAUCAACGGAUCCAUUCUCAAAGACAGUGAUACUUUUAUCAACAAGCACGCGGCCGUGUCUCGCACUAAGAGCGCCGUGGCACAGCAGCCGCUGAGCUUCGAGCACAAGUUCAACCUCGACCGCCAAGUACUGCACCCUGAGGAGGAGUGGCCAGAAGAGGAUAACACCGUCGACAUCGAGUCACUCAGCGAACCGAUGCUAAAGAAACUGCAGCCAUUGCUCUGGCUGGAGCUGACAGCGCUCUUCGACCGCUACUCGCUGCCCUUCCACAAAAGGAAACCACCGAAAAAGAAGAGGAAAGAAGAGGGUUCAGUAUUCGGUGUUUCACUAGAGACCCUUCUCCGCAAGGAUAUGAUCCUGUGGGAGGAGACGUGGAGUUCAGUGCCGAGUAUACUGCGCGCUAUUUCUUCGGCGCUUCAAAUGCGUUGCUCAGAUGAAGGAUUAUUGCGUGUUCCCGGGAAUAAAAACAAGAUCGAGGCGCUGUGCCAGUUGAUCGAGCGCGAGUGGUACAGCGCGCGGGAGGAGGUGGAGGCUGCGCUGCAGCGCGCGACCGGGCACGACCUGGCCGCCGUGUUCAAGCGCCUGCUGCGCGCGCUGCCGCAGCCGCUGCUCACGCAGGAGCUCAUGCGUCUCUUCUACCACACCUACGCGGUGAGCGGCGGUGCUCAAGCGCGCGCGCUGAACCUGCUGGUGCUGCUGCUGCCGGGUGGGCAGCGCGCGUCGCUGCGCGCCGUGCUGCGGCUCGCGCGCGCCGUGGCCGCGCGCCGCCACCUCAACAAGAUGGACGACCACAACGUCGCCAUGAUCAUCGCGCCCGCGCUCUUCCCGCCCAGUCUCCUGAUUAAGCCGACAGACAGUCUCGAAACUCAGCUUGCCACGGCGGCCAACAGCUGCCACGUGACAGAGGCGCUCAUGCGGUGGUCGGAAAGUUUGUGGCAGGUCCCCGCUUCCCUGCUAGCCGCAGCACAGCGUAAACCACGUUCAAGGCAUGUGCACACCUGA